AUGAGAGCUUUGAGUGUGAAGAACAAGAUUGGUUUUAUUGAUGGAUCUAUUUCCAAACCAACUGAUCCGGCCAAACUCGCAGAGUGGAUGCGGGAAGAUGGUCUUGUCAUCGGUUGGAUUCAUGCUGCUAUUCUUCCUAACAUUAAAGAUAGUGCUUCUUAUGCUCCUAUUGCUUAUCUUCUCUGGAAAGAUAUCGAGAAUAGGCAUGUUGAGUCUUGUGCUCCAAAGAUAUAUCAAUUGAAACAACAACUUGCUUCUAUUAAGCAGGAUGGUUCGUCUAUGAUGGGUUUUUAUGGUCGUCUUCGUGCUAUUUGGGAUGAAAUGGAUGUUAUAAGGCCUGUAAGUACUUGUAUUUGUGCUAAUGCCAAGGAUGCUAUUGAUCAUCUUAACCAAGAUAGAGCCAUGGAGUUCUUACAAGGCCUUCAUGAUAGGUAUGCUGGUCUCCGUUCUAACAUUUUGCAACAUAUUGAGUUUCCACCCUUGUUAACUAUUUAUAAUUUAGUCCGACAAGAAGAGGUUCAACAAUCUUUAGCUAAUACCAUUCUGAUUGUUGAAUCGGCUACCCUUGCUGUUGCUCGGCAUGAAGGUGAUAGCUCUUCCAAAACUAACAAAAAGAGAAGUUAUUAUUGUGAUUACUGUCAUAAAGAUGGUCAUACUAGAGACCGUUGUUACAAACUGAAUGGUUAUCCUCCAAAAUAUAAGCGCAAGGAUGGCACAACUUUGGAUACCACUUCUGCUGUUCUUCAAGGUGUGCUACCAUAA